CUCCAACACCGCCAUUUCCUCUGCUUCGCCUUCAUGCUAGCUUUGGCCAGCGUACACCGUUACGGCCCGCAUCAGUACGUAUGAUGGGUGGGUAUCUGGUGUGUCUGCUCGUCCUGGCAAGCGCCGUCGGCUCCGAGCGACCCCCGAUCACCGCAGCUGAGUCAGACGAAGAGCGUCUUGGUGAAUUCCUCACAGACAGACGCGACCAUCAGCAGGGCGGCGAUGUUGACGCAAGGGACAGCACAGGUACUGAGAGAGAGGAAUCAGCGGCAUCCGAUUGCACUCAUUUCUCCCUGUUUAUUGUUGUUCUCGCUGAUUGGUGCAGGUGUGCUCAGCCGCAGCCAGGCGCUGUGCGAAUGCGAGACAGCCAGGCUACGCGAGUCGGCGGUCCUCCAGCGCAUGGCUGCCUUGCAGGGCCUUCUUCAGAAGUCCCCCGUGUGUGGUGAAGGUGGAUACAGCUUCGCCAGCCUGUGUCUGGCUCUCUGCCAGGGGUUCGACGUGGGCGAAAAGGGCAUCACAGGCGGGGGAUGCCCACCGUACAGUGCCAACAAGUGAGUGAGCCUGCCCGCCCUCCCCAAUCAUCUGCCUGUCUGUGGUCUUGCACGUGUGUAUCUUCAGAAAUCUCGUGUUGCCACCUGCGAUUGAGCUGCGGCGCAUAUUGAGCAGCAAGAGGCCCCAUGAGGCCGCUUACCUGGGCCGCAUCAAGCCACGCGAGCCACCUAAUCCCCUCAGCCCGUUCGAUCGCAAAGCAGCCGAUCACUUGGUCCCUCCCCCGACAAAUGCAUCGGUAUGGGAGGGACUCUCGGGGCUGUCCAAUCGCUCCUAUGCUGUGAGGGGAGGGGAUGUCUAUCUGGUGGACAACGUCAUGCCCGAGGAGCUGCGCAACCUCACUACCAGCUUCUGUCGUGGUGGUGUCUGUCCUGCGGGCAGCCGGGGCGGCUCGCAGGCAGUUGACCAAGAGAACGAGAUAGCAACGAACGAGAUGGGGCCCUGCCCCGAAAGUAACAACAGGAGCUGCCACGAGCCUGAUCAUAGAAUACUCGUCCAUGACUCGAGACAAGCGCCCUUUAAUGUUGUUGGGCUCUUGGUUUCGGAUCGGAUCUGUACUGGGAGCCUCGUAAUGGAGAAAUAUGUCUUGACAAACGCACAUUGUCUGUAUACGAAGGAGGGUAAGUGACACAUCCAUACCAUACAAUUCUGCCUCAUCUUUCCGUGAAUAUUUCCUGUCUUUGUGCAUCCAGGCGGAUUCGCGAGUCUGACUUCAUUCUGCCCGGGCUUUCAUGGCGGUGAGGUAUUCGACUGCGUCCGAAUGGUGGAAUCGAGACUGGCAACUGAGUUCAUUGAAAUUGCUGACCUGUAAGUGAAGACUGUCGCCUGCCGUGUGCACGACUGAUCACGCGCACGCUCUUUUUCAUGUCUUCGUACAGUGAAACCUUUGAUACUCACUUUGACUUCGCGCUCAUUGAGCUCGAGAGGAACCCGGUGGGCUCUAAUUUCUUUGGGAUUCGCACGCUGUGCGGUGCGGUCAAAGGCGGUCUGCCGUAUAUCGGGUAUACAGACCAUCGAAUCACACACUGUGCCUUCAAUGCUUCUCUCUGAUGGCAUGAAUCCAGGUACCCGGGCGACCUUACCGUACCAUUCAAAGAGACCCAGUGGCGCAUGCCCCCGUCCAACCAGGGCCCAGGUGGCCGCAACGGCGACAUUCACUUUCCCGCAUGCAGACUCGACGGCACGCCGGCCAGAGUGGUGGAUUACUUGACACAUUGGGGCGACACAGGUGAGGAAAAUACAGCAGACGCAUACGUCACUACAUGAACGGCAUGCCGUGGUGUUGCCUAUCUGCAUCAUGCUUGUUUUUGUCAGCCCCUGGCAUGUCCGGCAGGUACGCAUGUUGCAGAAAGCGGUAUGUCUGUCUGUGCUUGCAUGUGAUGCUGCGUGUCUCUGUUUCUUCAGCGGCAUGUACGACACCGAUAAUGACGGCGGGACUUACAUCGUGGCGGUGCAUACCGCGACGAGCUCAGACCCAGCCAUCAGGGAGAAUUACGCAGUCGUCUUGACGACUGCCGUGCUGGACGUUCUUGCCGCGUGGCAUGAGCAAAUGGAAUCGUCUUGACAUGCGACUGGACAGAUAGACAGACAAUACGGUGAUCGGAGAAAGGGCCAUCGUAUGCCUAUCAUUCAUGCAAGAGGUCCGUUUGUGCGUGUCAUCAAGACUCAUGGUGCCGUUUCGCUUGGUGGCUUCAGCUGUGUGGCUUUGCCUAUUGAUGUGGCUGACGUUCUGAUGAUUGCGAGUGCGUGACGGUAUCUCUUCGCUGCGUCUGGCGACCUUCAUAUGUGUGACUGUCUCGUGUGCCUGUCUGUGUGCCUUUUCGUUUGCUUCUGCAUGGAAAAGGGUGGGAGAGAGGAGACGACGGAAAUGUGAAGAGAGGAGCAGGGUAGAGAGAGUCAUCGCAUCAAGAGCUUGGUGAAGUGCAAUUAAUGACAGCCUUCCUUUCUGCUGAAGACAAUGGAAGGGAUCGACUGACUGACUGACUGACUGACAAUUUGUCCGCCCGAAAACCCAGCACAGGUGGGGCGGACAGAGAGACAGAGAGACGAGACAUCUACCGUAGUACAAGUUAGCUCUUUGUAUGUAUGUAUGUAUAGCACUAGCAUGAGAGGGCCGGUGACCACCCGUCCUUUGCACGCAUCGCUUUGUCUCUUUCGUUGUCGUUUCUUUUCCUUUUCGUUUCUUCCCCACGAUCGUGUGUGUGCAAGUAUACACGUAUUGUUGUGUCUUUGCGAAAGGGCUCAUGUACCUGUACGAAUGGACUGCUCGAAGGAGACAGGUUAGACAGUGCGCACGUGUAGGCAGGCAUAUUUGUCGCUUGUGACGUCCAUGAAGAUUCCUUUGUGUUGGUUGUGUCUCUUGUGUGUGCGAUAAGCCUUCAUUGUAAAAAUCGCAUGUGUUUUC